AUGAAGUUAUGGAAGUUUGCAGCCAUCUCCUUGAUGCUCUUCAGUGUCGUGCUGUCAGCUUUACUCAGUAGAGACAUGAUUUCUGGAGGAGAGGGACCCAGAGCCAACUCUUCAUCAUCAUUAUCAUCGUCGUCAUCGCCAUCAUCCUCAACGAUAGGCCUUCGAAGAGCAGCCAGAGACGCAAGCAAACCCAAUUCCCUCCUAAGAGAAUUUACAGCUUUGUUUCAAAGCUACACAGAAGGGGAGGUCCAGCAGCUGAUCAGCACCCUCAUCGACAGACACCGACUGGCCGGUGGAGGCAAGAGGACUAAGAGGGCCAAAAAGGGCCUGAAGCCGUGCUCGCUGAAGGAGCUGGAGGUGAGCGUGAGCGAGCUGGGCCUGGGCUACCAGAGCGACGAGACGCUUCUCUUCCACUACUGCAGCGGGAAGUGCAAUGCGGGCCGUCGCAACUACGACCUCACCCUGGAGCACAUGAAGCGGAGCGGCCAGGUGAAGAAGGGCAAGGCCAGGCACAAGCCCUGCUGUCGGCCCACCUCCUAUGAUGACGACUUUUCCUUCUUGGACAACAACUACGAGUAUCGCACCAUCAAAGAGGUGUCCGCCAAGGAGUGUGGCUGCAUCUAACGUGGUGGAGAUAACGCCAGAACGGGCAACCUCAACCUGAGGCUCUAGGACCAGGAUUUCUAUCAUGGACAUUGAAAAUGUAUUCCUAUUCUUUUCUGGAUAAUCCAGUAUCCAUAUUAUUGCUGGAAUGUAGAAUCUAAAUUGGGUUGAAGCAUAAACUUACUUGCAUGUUAAUGCAGUGACUCACAAGCCUGUCCCAGAUAAAGAGCUGUGUGUGACGCUCUAUUGACACAACCUUUCACUGUAUUGUGCCAGUCAUAGUUAGACGAUAGACUCUAAAGAGUUUCUCCCAUAAGUGUGUGAGAGCUGAUUACAUACAGACUGCGGUCAUCUUCAGAGCAAAUGUUCCAGCAAGGGAAUGUGUCAGGCAAAAACAUUCUCUGACACAAUAACAAGCACUCACACACUGAUGGAAAAGACUGUGUACAUAGAUACUUUGCUUGACAAAACAUUGUCUUCAAAUUAAUAAGGGAAAUGGGGCUAGAUUCUCAAAGCUCCACAUUGGCAUUGCUACCGUUCAUUCAGAAAAGAAACACACCCAAUAAAGUUACUGUUAACGCAGUUGAGGCACUUUUUAAGAGUCCCAGGUUGUCUCAUCAGUUUUAUAAUUGCAAUUGCUGCCUUUUUGGCGUAGAAAGUUUGAGAAUGUCGUCCUCUGUGUUGAUGGGGAGUGAAUGCAAACGUUUGUCGUGUAUCUCUAGACGUACGUGCGCGUGUGUGUCCACAGUACUGUGUGCAAGGCCAUCAAUGAAAAAAAACUUAUGGACCACUUAUUUUUUUUAAACUCAAACUGUCCAAUGAAUCAGCUCUGACAAUCUACCUCAUUUUAGUUGAACACAACUGAAUGACAGCCAUUGGAAACCAGGAAGUCACAGAGAAGCAUGCUUGGACUAACGAUCCACACUCAGCAGAAAAGAAUAUCCACCAAAACAUCAAGGCUUGUAGACUAGACCAGGCUUGGUAUCAAAGACAAACAAAGACACAGUUACAAUGAAACACAAUAUAUGUAUUUGUAUAUAUGUCUCGUUACCCAUGGCAGACAAAAUGAAACAAUGAAAACAAAUGUUAAGCAUUGCAUAAUUCAUAUUUAUGACCCUGUGCUUCAAGUCUCAUCUUCCCUGCUGUGUAAUAGCUUGUACACAUAUAAUUGUAAAUGCCCAGGCAACAGCUGUCCAGGGACCACCACAGACCAGUAACAAUCAAUUCAAUCAACCGGAACUGGGAAUCUUUCCCAUGCAUUGUGUGCUUUUUUAUGUAUUUAUUUUUGUAUAUUUUGAUUUAUGGUUUGAUUCGUUUGCACAUUCCUGGCACGUGCAAACAGCAUGGCAAGCGGCCGUCAAACUCUACUGUAGAUAAGAAUUCAGAAAGCGGAGAAUGUUUUCGGCAUUUCUGAUUAUUUUUUUA